AUGGAGUCGAUACUACUUUUCGUCUUACCAUUCGUAUCUUUGGCGGCAUUCUUAGGAUGGCGGUAUAUUACAUCCCAAAGCAGAUCGUCCAAACAACACGAUAGCAACGAGAAAGGCGUCCUCGACGAAAUAGACCCCUACCAAGACAUCGAGCCUCUCCCCGAUUUCGACUGGAAAACAACACCCCCGAUCAAAAAUGCACCGCUAAAACCCGUCUAUCACCUCACAAUGGCCCUGGAGAACAUCCCCCUCUCCUCCCUAAUCGACAUGGACAACACCUACCUCACGCGUCUCCACACCCGGCGCGAAAUCAUGACCACGCACCCCACCGCCACAAUCGCCUGCACGCCCUGCGUCCCCGCCGUCAACGAACUCUACACCUGGCUGAUAAAAACCUACCUCCCCAAACGCUUCCCCACCAUCUACAUCCCCACCCCCACCGGCGGCGACAUCCUCAACACCGCCUCCUCCGAAAUCAUUCCCUCCGUCCCACCCCCGGACCCUACCCAAGCUUUAAAGGUCCUAGGCAGCCACAUCGACACCGACUUCCUCCUGCUCCUCCCCUCCUCGCAGUCCGCAAAAGACGGUUCUCCAAUCUACCACCUCGAAGCCUUCGUCACCUGCUUCCCCUCAGGCUUCUCCACGCGGGCGAAACUCUCCUGUCCUCUGGCGGAGAUCCACGCGCCCGUGCCGGGGUAUACGGCCAAGCUGGAGAAGUCGAUGGAUAGGUUCUUCGCGAGGAUUGAGUGUGGACGGUGUGUGAAGAGGAGUAAUUGGUCGUUGACGACGAAUGAUUUGUUGUUUAGUGAGGGGGGGAAUCAUCUUUACGAGAAUGGGAGCACGGAUUACGAUGCUCCACAUCCGAACGACAACGACGACGCGAAGCAGAACCUCAGUACAGAAGAACAGAUCCUUCGCCAAAAAGCCUCCGUGCACAUCCCCUCCUGCCGCCUGCGCUCGGAGCGGCAAACGCUCUUCCGCCUUCCGCAGACGCAAGCCCUCGUCUUCGCCUUCAAGACGUACCAGUACCGCCUCGAGGAGGUCAAGGAGUUUGGGGACGGGUACGCGGAGCGGUUGGCGGAGGCGAUGGAGGGGUUGGGCAAGGGGAAUGUGCCGGAGAUGGAGUUUUAUAAGAGGGGCGUGGUGUGGAGGGAGAGGGUGGUGGAGUUUUUGAGGAGUUAG